AUGGAGUCUGAAGAACCAAAGGUUACCAGCUCCCCUUUGAUGCCAUCGAUGUACUCGAACCGGGUGAUGUUGAAAACCAUAUUGGAAUUAGAAGAUAGUGAUGGCGAGAUGGGGUUGGUUGGUAAGACAGUGGUGGUUGGAGGGUGGGUGAAAUCUUCCAAGGAGGUGAAAAAGGAGCCUAUGCCAUCGCCACCGGUUGCAGCCGGUGCUCUCCCUGCAACUCGGAGGCAUAAAGACGCAAGCUGUGUGGAAGUUCUUAAAUCUCGAAUCCCGUUUUUUAGGACUAUAAUCAGGGUUUUGGGUGGUUCUGCUAGUUCCCCUGCCGUUCGAGAAAAGCUGGAGUCUUUGAUUCCUAAACCACCUCCUGCUUCGACAUUCUUUUUACAAAUUAAUGAUGGCUCUUGCCUUUCAAAUCUUCAGGUUGUGAUAGAUUCAGCUGUAGUUCCAGUGUCUGCAGGCCAGAUUCUACCAACUGGAACAUUUAUAUUAGCCCAAGGGGUUUUGGAAAAACCAUCAGCACGUGGAAAACAAACAAUUGAACUUAAAGUAGAGAAAAUGCUUCAUGUUGGGACAGUAGAGGAGGAUAAGUAUCCUUUGUCAAGGAAAAGAUUACCCCUUGAUUCUCUGAGGGAUUGUGCCCAUAUUCGGCCUAGGACAACUACGGUGGCGUCUGUUACACAAAUUCGCAGCGCCCUAAAUUUUGCAACCCACACAUUCUUCCAGAACCAUGGUUUUUUACAUGUGCAGGUGCCAAUUAUCACAACUACAGACACUGAAGGGUUCAGUGAAAAGUUUCAGGCUACAACUCUUCUAGGGAAAACAAGCAAGAAGGAGGAGGAGGUUGGCGUCAGUCAUGCUGAUCGUGUUGGGCUUGAAACUGUUAAGGCCGCUAUAAAGAAGAAAUCCAGUCUGGUUGAACAACUCAAGAGAAGCGACAACAAUAGAGAAGCACUUGUUGUUGCUCUUCAGGAUCUGCAGAAAACAAAUGAAUUAGCAGAACAGAUUGAAGCAAGAGAAAAAUUCAAACCAAUAACUGCAGUGAAGCCUGACUUAGAGCACUUGAAUGAAGAUUUUUUUGGUCGCCAGAGUUAUUUAACUGUUUCUGGUCGCCUUCAUCUGGAGAGCUAUGCAUGUGCUCUUGGAUAUGUUUACUCGUUUGGACCCAGAUUUCGAGCUGAUAAAACAGUGUCCGCCAAACAUUUGGCUGAAAUGUGGAUUGUUGACGUCGAAAUGGCUUUUUCACAAUUAGAGGAUGCCAUAAAAUGUGCAGAGGACGUUUUCAAAUUUCUCUGCGGAUGGAUAUUGGAUAAGUGUUCAGAAGACAUGAAGUUUGUCUCAAAAAGAAUUGACAACACUGUUACUCAUCGUCUUGAAUAUAUGAUAUCAAGUUCUUAUGAAAAGAUUUCCUAUAGAGAGGCUGUGGAAAUUUUGAGAAAGGUCACAGAUGAGGCUUUUGAAACACAACUUCAAUGGGGAAUCCCUUUAACAGCUGAACAUCUAAGCUACUUGGCUGAUGAGCACUAUAGGAGGCCUGUAAUUAUUUAUGAUUAUCCAAAAGCAGUUAAGCCAUUUUAUGUACGCUUGAAUGAUGAUGGAAACACAGUUGCAGCAUUUGAGAUGGUUGUACCUAAGAUUGGAGCAGUGAUUACAGGCAGCCAAAAUGAAGAGCGCUUUGACAUGCUAAAUACAAGGAUCAAGGAAUUUGACUUGUCAAGAGAUCAGUAUGAAUGGUACCUAGAUCUACGAAGGCAUGGAACAGUCAAGCACUCCGGAUUCAGUCUAGGAUUCGACCUGAUGGUUCUCCUUGCCACUGGCCUCACUGAUGUCAGAGAUGUAAUUCCGUUUCCCCGAAGUCAUGGCAAAGCCAACAACUAAGAGGGCGC